CUUCAGUAUUGAGGAUACUUCAGUUGUUCGUACUGGCUAGGCGAUAAUCGUGAUGAGAUGCUGUACAAUGAUUGCGUUCUGGAUGAUGGGAUGAAGGUAACAGAUACUGUACCGGCCAGGACAUUUGCUCACCUUCAACAUGUCUGUGUUAGAACCCCUACCCAUGCCAUCUGUGGACAGUUCUGCAGUUGCCUGUGUCAGUAAAAGCAAACUGACUAAGGAGGAAGAGGAGGAAGUUAUCAAGGAAUUGUGUUCCAGUAAUGGGCUCAGCUAUGGCCGGUUACAGCAGGAGGGAGGCUCUGUCUUGGCUCUUGAGAUGUUUUUCUCUGGUUACCCAAAGCUGAUUGGCCUGAGCCACUUCCCAAACUUGACAUCCCUCACUGUGAUUGGUCAACAAAUUGAUCGUCUGGAAGGACUGUCGUCAUUGACCAAACUUUGUGAACUGUGGAUAUGCGAAUGUGAGAUUGAGAAAGUGGAGCUCCUAGAAGGCUGUAAGGAGCUGAGGAGGCUGUACCUGUAUGGCAACAAGAUCCGCUGUAUUGAGAACCUGCAACACCUCACACAGCUGCAAGUCCUCUGGCUUAAUACUAACCUCAUUGCCAAUAUUGAAAAUCUUGGGAAACUUACAAAGUUGAAGGAAUUGAAUUUGGCAGAAAACCAAAUUCAUCAAAUUGGUCACAAUUUAUUGUUGAAUCAGAACUUGGAGGAUUUGAAUUUGUCGGGUAAUAAACUCUGUGCCUUCAAGGACUUGACUCACUUGAUAAAGCUGCCAAAGCUGCAGAACUUAAGCCUGAAGGACAGUCAGUAUGCACCGUGCCCUGUGAGCCUUCUCUGUAACUACUCCACACACGUGCUGUUCCACCUACCAAACCUGAAACAGCUGGACACCUAUGAUGUUAGCAAUCAUACACUGCAUGAUCUGAGUGCUAGCACUGUGAUGAAGAAAAAGAUGUAUUACAACAUGAGAGUGAAGAUGGUGAAGAGAAACUUGGCUGAUGUGGCCAGCCGAGUGAAGACCCUGAGAAACCAGCUGUUACAGUUUCCAUACGACAGACUCAAAGCCCUUCUCCAUGCCAUAAAGCAGAUUGAAAGAGAGUUGCAGGAGAACUCUCUGAGCCCACUAGACACAGACGGCUAUAACAGCAGUACAGAGAGCGAUAAGGAUGCGAGGGAAAAUCAGGCUGAAAAUAACAAAACUCUCGUGGAAGAAUUACAAGCUAAACAAAUUGCACUAGCACAACGCAGCAAAAAGUGGGAGAAAAAGGCUCAAGAGCUUGAGUUCUACUAUCAGGACACGUUAGCAAGGAUUCGGCACACGGAUAUCUGGGUGGGUCGUUUAGUGACAGAGCUGGAAAGUGGUGGGAACAUCAGGUUUGAGGAUGGCCUUCCCUCCAGUGUCUGGUUUACCUCGUGUCAUGACUUGAUUUUGUCUCGAUUCUGCGCCACGGACUACAAGGAGCAUGGCAUAACCGGACUACGUGUCCAUCGUAUUACACGUGUUCACAACCGCAUCCUGCGGUCACGAUUUGAGGACAAAGUCGGUCAUCUGACAGAUGAGACGGAUGGAGAGUUCUACCCAGGAAUAAACUCCAGUUACAAGAAGCUGUUGGAGUACCUGUUCUGGGUGUGGGACCCUAACAUGGCUGGUGGCAGUCAGGAGCCCGUCAGAGUCCUGGAGGAGGGCUUUCUAGACGCAGAAACCUCCAUGAAACUGGGCAGAGUGGGUGCUGUUCCACUCACCAAUAGUCUGAGUCUGGCCGACCGACACCGGAUGAGGAGUGUCAGCAAGCAGGUCAAGGACACAGACACUGCUGACCCGUGCCCUUUUAGAUAUGGUAAGCUGGUUGUGGCCAAGGUGUACCUGGGGAAGACUUGCCAGGUAUCGGAUUACAAAGAGAUAUCUAGAGCUGCGUUCCAACUGGACGCUGUGUAUAAGCCAAGGAAGAAAUGCCUCCAGUCACAUGCAGAGGGCUCCAAGAGCACAAAGUCAAGCUGUGAGUGCAGUAACAGACAGUGUGAGUGGUACGUCUUUGACCACGAGCUGGUCUUGCCGGAGUAUGUGAUAGAGUUUGAAUACAUUACCAGGUCCAAAACGAAAUGCCCAUUUAACAGUGUAACAGACUGGUUGACAACUGAUGGCCAAGUGCAUAGACAGGCUGUUCAUAUUGAAGAGGGAAAGGAUGUGGACAGUGAUGUACUGGACAUGGAACCUAAACUCAAACCUCGACCCAGGUUGAUCACCCUCAGCGAAGAUCUUCUAAUGAAGACUUUGAAGGUUGAUUCCAUCUCCAAGAUCACAGUUCUAAACCUCCAUGGCAAUGGAAUAACCAAGCUGAAAUACCUUCACAACAUCCCUCAGCUGAAGAAGCUCAUACUCAGCUUCAAUGAAAUUAUACGUGUUGAUGAGCUGGCACAUAUGAACAUUGAGUACCUGGAUGUCAGUUUUAACAAGAUCUACACCCUUGAGGGAGUGAAGGGGCUGACUAAACUGAAAUACCUUGACCUCAGCUGGAAUCGCUUACACAACACAAGAGAGGAGCUGUCUAUCCUCCGCAAACACAUGCCUGUUAUAGAGACACUGGACCUGCGACAGAAUGACUGGCAGAAGUUGGACGGACUAAGACUUCGUACAAUUGGACGACUCAAAACACUGACGUGUAUGAAUGGUGAGCCAGUUACAGAGGAGGAAGCUACGGCUGCCCUGCGGGUUGCAGCAGGAGCAAGGGUAUCCCAGGUGUCUCUGCUGACCAUGUCCCGCACGGACACACAGGCCCCGCGUUCCCUCAGUCUCCUCAGCACAGCUCAGUGUCUGACGGCCAUCAGCCGAAACAAGCCAGAGAAGUUGGCUGACUCAGAUAACAGCUGGUACAGUAAGGUGACCUCUUUAAACCUGGAUGGUCAGCACAUCACUAAGCUGUCAAACCUUGACCGACUGGAGAACCUACGCUGGGCCUCCUUCAAUGACAAUGACCUCACCAAGAUAGAGGGUUUGGAUGGCUGUUCCCGUCUGGAAGAGCUGUCAUUGGAGAACAACUGUAUAGCGAAGAUUGAGAACAUGGGCAAAUUACAGCAACUGCGUCGCCUUAACCUCAGCCACAACUACAUCAGCACGCUUGACAACUGUGGCCUUCAAAACCUGUCCUUACUUCAGUACCUGUCAGUGGACAACAACAAGCUCUCCUCACUGGCGGGACUCCAAAGAGCAGCCUUACUGGUGGAGCUGUACGCAGGCAACAAUCAAAUCAGCAAUGUCAGGGAAAUAUUCUAUCUCAAGGGUCUGGUGGACUUUGUCAUCCUGGAUUUGUGGGGAAAUUCAGUGGCCAAGACUGUGGAGAACUACAGGCUGUUUGUUAUCUAUCACCUAAAGUCACUCAAGGCUUUGGAUGGAGUUGCAAUUGAAGCGGGUGAGGGUCACCAGGCUAAGGAUGCCUUUGGAGGGCGUCUGUCACUGGACUUUAUAGCAGAACGGCUGGGUCACGCUAGCUUCCAGGACAUCAGGGAACUGGACUUCCCAAACUGCAGCAUCAGGACAGUGGAUCUAGGCUCAGCUGAACAGUUCUACAACCUCAGGAGUGUGAAUCUGGAACAUAACAACCUGACCUCCUUCAGUGGCCUGAGGAACCUUGUCAACCUCAGGAUACUGUGCUCUGCCUUGAACCACAACCAUGUGGAAUGUAUUGUCCCCCAGAUUAAAGGACCCAAAGGUAAAGCAUCCUCCCACAUGUUAACCUCUGACCCCACCAGCCCAGAGUCAUUUACUACCUUACUGGAAAACUUGGAGGUGUUACACCUGGGGUACAAUGGCUGUAAGGACAUGGCAGCCUUACAACUUGGUCGCUUGACAUCAUUAAAGGCAUUAUUUCUUCAAGGUAAUGAAAUAACCCGUGUGGAGGGCCUAGAGGGGCUACACGACCUACGAGAACUAGUUCUGGACAGAAACAAGAUCAAGACGAUUUCUGACACGGCCUUUGUGAAUCAGUGGAACCUGCAGGAGCUGCACCUGGAGGAAAACAGGAUUCGGGAACUGCCUAAUAUGUCUAGUCUGGAGAACCUUCAGAGGCUCUACCUGGGCUCCAACAGAAUGCAGGACAUAGGUGAGCUGGAGAAGUUGGAGUGUUUGGGGAACCUUGUGGAACUGUCUGUGGUGAACAAUGCUAUUGCCCGCAGACUGAUGCACCGCCCCAUGCUGGUCUUCCGCAUGCCCACGCUGAUUGUCAUAGACGGAAUACCUGUCAGUGAUGAUGAGAGAACAAAGUCUGAGUUAUACUUCAUGGAGCAACAGUAUCAGGCUCCCUCACAGCCCAUGUCUGACACCACCCUACCUGGAAUCUGUCAAUACAAGUCUCAGGUACCGGUAAAGGUGACAAACAUGCAGCUGGGCUCAUCUCCGUCCUGGGGAGGUCCUGUGUAUUAUGAUGAUGGGAUGGCAGAUCAUUCUCAGAGAGCAGGACGAAGACGGACAGGUAAUCGUGGAGGAGAUCCUGGCAGUGGGAACCGCUCAACUAACCUAACCUACCCUAACACCUCAACCAAUCAGUACACCAGCCUCUACUCUAGUGGGGGUGUAAUUCGCUCUCACCACUCCUACAACAACGGACAGCAACCCUCAGCCACCUCCCAGAAUAACAACUCAGACUACAUGGACAGAUAUAAUGGAAGGAGUAAUUUCAAAAGAUAACCCCAGCGUGAAGCACCUGCCUGAGUGAAUUCUUUACAUGAACAGUGAUGAGUUUACUUCCCAGUCAUGUGGAUCAACUGUGUGAUGCUAAUAUAACAUUGGAUAUUCCAUAAUGUAGUUCCAUUCUCCGUGAUAUAUACGACUGUGAUAUAAAGUGUUUAAUCAAUUAAAGUAUUAAUUUUGUAUGUACAUAUUUAUACAUAUACUUCCUACUUGUUGUUUUGUAUCUUCCAAGGUCGUCCAGAUAUUUUACUGUGUUUCAUCAUGUUGUUCUGAUGUUUUAGAAUAAAAUAUGUUGUUCAUAUAUUGUAUGGAUAUAUUGAAUUCAAAAUGCUGUUUCCAUUUACAUUUGUUGGAAGGCACUUAUGGGAAAUGUACAGUUUUCUGUUUUAAACAUUGUUAUAAUUGAGUGAGAUGAAUGAACAUGUGUGUUUGUGAAAGCAGUAUAAAUUCAUUAUUUCACAUUUUUAAAAGCACCAUGGAUGUUCAAUAAUAAAAUUGAAAUUUAUGUUCAAUAUCACCCUUUUUUUAUAUCAUCUAUUGUUAAGGUGGUGCCAACUUUUCAUUCCAGUUUUGUUUAUUUAUUCUUAUCUUGUAGUUUAAUACAAUUGAAUUGUAUGUCUCAGGUUUUAGGCUACUUUAUGACUUCACUAAAAUGAUUGCUGUGCAUUAAGUUAUUGUAUUCCACUGAUGUAUGGUAGUUUGGUUGUCUUCACAUUGAAAGUGCAUUUUUCCCCUUAUUAUGGUUAUUUUAUUUUUUUAUGUGUUUGUAUACCAGGUAAAAUCUUGUUGCAUAUAUCUUCAGUCUUCUGGAUUAAUAUAAUCAUAGUUCUGUCUGACCAUUUUGUGUAAUUUAUGAUAUCCCACAUACUAUCUUUAUCCUACAUCUACCAGUAUCUUACAAGGAACUAAGAAUUAGUUUAUCUGGAUAACUGAAUGUGAUUUACAUUGUACUUUGCGAUUUUCUCCAUCUGUUAUUACCAGAUGACCAUUAUACAUGGUCAUUUGUCUCUUAAGGUAAAACUAAAAUGCUGACGAGGAACUUGACAAAGUGAGGUGGUGUUCACUGUUGUCCAUGAAUCCAGUAGUAUAACUGUAGUAUCAUGAGUGGAGUCAAAUAAGUUUUCAGUGUCCUUAUGAAUGGUUAUAUUGAACUGUCACCAACAUUCAAGUAGCUUCCAACACAAUAGUUUUACCGCUGACAUACUUGAGUCAUUGGAUUUUCACCAAUCUGUUCUUUUUCUACUGACAGUAUACGACACACUUCAGACAAUUCAGUUUGUGGAUUCGUUUGAAAUAUUUCAUUCAUCUGGACUCUUUUUUUAUUUUUAUUUUUUUUUAUCUCAUAAUCCUACACCACAUGUUGGCACUUCAGCCAUUCCAAGCUCAUAUAUGAAACAAUCUCAUUUGCAUUCUUUAGCCAUGUGCACGUUUUCGAAAGAGUGAAUCAGUGGAAUAUUUUCUGCUUUUGUUGACUUAAGGAGGACAUUGGAUCGGCUGGGAUUGGAGGGAGUUGAUUCUUUCUCCCAACUGUUAACAAUAAUUUCUAUUUCAUGUAAGAUUUCUUUCUUAAAGCGUGUGGUAUAUCAUUUGUGAUGGAUAACCUGUAAUAUGUAACAAUGCAUUCUGUGAAUUCCAAACUGUAUUUGUUGAUACCCGUGAUUCGAAACUGUUAAUACUCUCUAAACAGAUAUAUGCAUGUACUAUCUUGUGAAAAGCAAUGACCAAUUAAAUUAUCAUCAUUUGCGAACGAAAUUGUCUUGUUCAAACGCUUGCUGUGUAUGUGAUCUCUGGUGAACUUUUUCCGACACAAAUGUCUUCGUGCCUUGUGUGAAUAAUUGUGGUUUAGUCACCCAUCUACAGUCAUGGUAUAAGUUAAAUAUUUUGGAGUAUGGAAUAAAAACACCAA